CCGGACGGGGCCGCCUGUUCAAACGGGUCCCGGCGUGCCGCGCGCGCGCUGCUAACGGCCGCCGCCGACAAGAUGGCCGAGGCGCUGCCGCAGACCCCGAGCAGGCAUGAGAAGAGCCUGGGGCUCCUCACCACCAAGUUCGUGUCCCUGCUGCAGGAGGCCAAGGACGGCGUGCUCGACCUCAAAGUGGCAGCAGACACACUGGCCGUGCGACAGAAGCGUCGGAUUUAUGAUAUCACCAACGUUUUGGAGGGGAUCGGAUUGAUUGAGAAGAAAUCAAAGAACAGCAUUCAGUGGAAAGGCGUGGGCCCAGGCUGUAACACACGGGAGAUCGCAGACAAGCUCAUCGACCUGAAGGCGGAGAUAGAGGACCUAGAUCGGCGGGAGCAGGAGUUGGACCAGCAGCGAGUCUGGGUACAGCAGAGCAUUCAGAACGUGACAGACGACAUCGAGAACAGCAGGUUAGCGUAUGUGACGCAUGAAGAUAUGUGCCGAUGUUUCAAAGGUGAUACGCUAUUAGCAAUCCAGGCACCCUCGGGCACACAGCUGGAAGUCCCCAUUCCGGAGGGGGUCCCAAAUGGAGUGAAGAAAUACCAGAUCCACCUGAAGAGCACGACUGGUCCCAUCAACGUGUUGCUGGUGAACAAGGACACGUCCUCCUCCUGUCCGGUCGUGGUGCCGGUGCCCCCACCCGAAGACCUCAUUCACUGCCCUCCCACGGUGCACACCACCCCACAAAGGCCUGUCCUCGCCAGCAGCCAGGAGGCCGAAGCCAGGUCCCCAGCCCGACCUGCCUCUCCGUCCACUGCCCCUCAGAUACCUCCCCACCCGCCCACAGCAGCGACGCCCACAGUGCCCAGUGUGUCAGCUCAAGAGCCCCAAAACAGCGCCAGCGGUGUCUUAAGCCUCGAGCCCCUCAACCUGCUCCCAACGUCCGCCUGUCAAGCCACAACUAUGGAGACACAGCCUCUGGAAUCUUCCGCCUCGUUGGACAGCAGCACGUCUUUGUCCAAUCCCACUACCUCCUUCGUUCCAAUCAAAUCUGAACCUUCAGUGGAAUUGGAGUUUCCUAAAGAACUAACGGAGAUGUUUGACCCCACUAAAGGUAGAUGUAUGGAUUCUGACCUCAUUGAUGAGCUCAUGUCUUCAGAAGGUGAGAAUGCACUUUUUGCUCCUCUGUUGAGGCUGUCUCCACCUCCUGGAGACCAUGACUAUUACUUCAACCUCGAUGACAGCGAAGGCGUCUGCGACCUCUUCGAUGUGCCCAUUCUCAACCUUUGACCUUCUCUGGCCUUGGUCACCUGGCAGCUGUGUAUAAGACUUUUAAAGAAACAAUCUUUUAACAAAACAAAAAAAAAAGAAAAAAAUAUUUUUUUCGAACAGAGGAAAUGGCAUCUUUUGCAAUUCUACAUUGAUCUCCAGGAGUGAGUGAACGUUUGAUGUGAUUGCACCAGAAUACGGUGAAGCGAUUAUUGUCGAUGAGCGUUGCUGGAAUGUUUGGCAGUUUUGUGUUUUUUUUAUUAACUUGCUCGCCUUGAAGAGGUUGCUGGGAUCGUUCUUCAGUCCAGGGGCCAAGCACAGUCUGAUCCAGUAUCGUAUUUGCGGCUGGCAGCUCUGGUGCUGCUUCAGUUACCCAGGGAAUGGGCGCGUGGGCUUGUGCAAGAUACCAAUGUGGCGCCAAGUGCGAGCUGCCAUUCCAUCUGGCUGGAGGUCGCCAACUUGGAUGAAUGUGUUCACCUUACUGUCAGGCUUGAGUCCUCCCUCUACUCCAUGGAUGUGCCACUGGCCUUGUCCGUCUCCUUCCAUUGCUGUUCAACAAGUGACAUCAAGUGGAACAGUCCAUUUCAAGGCAGUGGAGGGGGGGCACUUACAAAGCCGUCAGUUUUAAAAGUUAAGAGGGUUGUUUUAAACCUCCAGAUUUCAAUAUUAACUCUAAAUCAGGGUCAUUGCCUGAAAAAUCGACGCCGUCCCAAAUUUAUCUCUGUUUCUCUUUGUGUGUGUGUCUGGGUGUGUCUCCCACCAACCCCCCACCCCCCCCACGUGAUCUGUGGCUGCUUCACUUUGCCAAACACACCAGCAUAAAAAUGGAAUUGUGCUCCUCUUAUCUGAGUGUGGCGGGCAGAACUGGAAUGGGCCGGUGAAGAGGGGUGAGGAGCAAUUCUAAGAGCUGCGAGCGUCAAGUCUUCCUGUACCCUGCUCUGUGUUAAUUGACCCUCCAGGGAUUUGGGUGUUGUUGUCAAUUAGCCCAGAGGAAAUUGCACUGUGCUGUCAGAUACAAAGGGCUUAAUCCUUUAGUGUUGGGUUUCUUUCUUGGUGUUGGGCUGCUUUUUGGAGGGGGUUCUUGAGAGUCUACCACUUAGCAUAAGAGAACAAUUCUCCUCUCGAGAGACCUUUCCAAAAUUGAUGUAUGCUAGUGGCAUUUGUUUUUUAAAUGCUCACUAGGCAUUUUGACCUGGUGGAUGUCUCCUCUGAAUGAGGCACUGCCUUUUGGCUGCCCAUCCUGCACAAAAUGGCCUCUUAUGGCCACACCCUGACUCGCAAACUGAUUUUCCUUGCCAUCGUCCAGUUUUCAUUUUUUUGGGGGAAGGAACAUGUCAUUGCUGUGGUUUGUCGCCAGUGUAUCCAGUGGUAUUGCUCACUAGGUUAAAACAGCUCCUUUCAAGCAGAGAAACAUCCUACAUCACACCCAAAAGCCAAGUUUGCAGUUGCUAAAGUGCAAGUUUGAAUCUUUUACAUGAAACAUUUUUUAAACGUUAAUCCAUCAGUGUAUUGGGGUUGUCUUGCAGAGACUUUAGUUGGUGGUAAUCCUUGAAGAUUUGUAUGCACAGAUCAGAAGCAUUGCUUUUAUAAAAGUGGAGGUGAUCUAGGGGUGGGGGGAGGGGGGUGUGGGAAGGGUGGGUGAGCAGCCCAACUUUGACUCUUAUGGUGGCAACUUAACACAGAAAGCUAUAUUUGCAGAUUGAGGGAGGAAUGGGGGGAGAGGUUUGGAGGCAGGGUUUGUUUGCAUUCCCUCCCCGCCGCCCCCCCCCCACCCCGACCUUGCAUCAAGUAAGUCGCCCUGCCGAAUUUUGAAUGCAGAUCCCAGUGGUGUGAGUGUGAUUGUAUUCAUUCUUUAUAUACACACCACAUUCAUGUCUUUCCACGCCCCGAUGUGGGGGCUUAACUGAAAAGCAGAUUAAGCUAUGGUGUAGCUGGCCUGGCCUCUAACACUGCACUUCCAGAUGCAUUCUAUUUUGCCUUGAGGGAACCAAACUGCUGAGAGCAGGGUUAGUUUGGGCUGGUCUGUAGUGAAGGUUUGUGACUAGAAAAUGGGACUGCCCUGGAAUAUCUUCCGUUCUGCACGUUAUACUGGGAGGCCCAAUGGCUCUCUUGUGCUUUACAAUUUAGAUUGGCUGUAUAUUUACUACCCCAUGUGACUCAGUAGAAAGACAGCACGUUGGUGCAGCUGUUAGCGCUUUUACUUCACGGCACUGAUACCCAGGUUCAAUGCUGACCUCAGCUGUGGUCUUUGUGGAGUUUACACAUUCUCCCUCUGUGUGGGUUUCCUCUGGGUGCUCCAGUUUCCUCCCACAUCCCAAAAUUGUGUUAGUAGGUUAAUUGACGGCUGUAAAUUGCCCCUAGUGUGUAGGUGAGUGGUAGAAUCUCGGAAGUUGAUGGGAAUGUGGAGGAAAUAAUAAAAAUUGGGAUUGAUGUAGGGUUUGUAACUGGGUGGUUAAUGGACAGUCUGGACUCAGUGGUCCAAAGGACCUGUUGCCAUGCUGCAUCUAUCUCUGUCAUUGUCUGGCCACGUCUCCCAUCCCUCUCGACCCUUCCCUGCCAGUGGUCUCCAAUUUGCCAACACUACCCAUGAUCACUGCCUCAGAAGCUGCUUGUGUUUGCAGGCCUUCGGUGAUUGUAAAUCUGAAAUAUUCCCUUUUCUUGUGCUGAAGACAUCCCUUCCCGCACGGUGUGCACUGUGACUGGGAUUGCUCCGAGUUCGACAGCACCUUGCACUGUCAACCUGGUUGUCGUCAUUCAAAGCAAUCGCUUAGUUUAUCCACAAGGGUAUUAACGGAUUAAGGGUGGCGAACAUGGAAGAUGUUCACAAUUGCAGUUUGGGUGAUGGAGGCUGCCCCUGAUGGACUGUGGCCUUUCCUACUCUGUUCUCAGUUUCCAAAUGUGAACCUUAUUCCAAAGAUUCACCACCCGCGCCUUUCUUGAAUGACCAAUCCCUUAUUUUGUGACUUUCAUCCCUGGUUCUAACCUUCUCAGAUAAUGGAAACAUGCAUCUAUCCUGCCUACUCUAUGUCUCAAUAAGAUCACUUCUCAUUCAUCUAAAUUGUAAAGUAGUACAGACCCACUGUGCUUAAUCUCUCCUUAUACAAUAUGACCCUCUUCCCAGGAAUCGGUCUGAUGAGUCUUUGUUGCACUCCUCCUGCAAGCACAUCUUCCAUGGGAAGAGAGGCUGGAUCUGUAUACUAUAUUCCAGGAGUAUUGGAGUAAGAAUGUACAAGUGUCUUGCAAUGAUAUAUGGCUAUUAGUAUUUUUUUUCUAGUUGUUCCUAUGUGGACUUUAUUUCAAUGUUCUAUUUUAAAAUAAAACUAAUAGUUAAAGUCUAGCAAAAUAACUAUAUUAAGGAAGCUCGACUGCCAGGGAGUCUGAAUCAAAUCAAUACAAUAUGUGAGCCCUAUUGCUUUCUGCACAGGCCCUUGAUGUCUGCCUUUGCUGUGAUGUUCAUUCUUUGAACAAACUUUUUUAAAAGAACAAGUCUUAUGUCCACACUGACAUAAUUGGUACUCUUGUUUAAGAAUGAUUAAGUAUCCGGGCCCCUUUCACCAUUCAAGCUAUUUCCAAAUCUUCCAGGGAAAGAAAAUAGCAGGUUAACAAUCUCUUUUAAUAUUUGUUUUUAAUAUAAUCAGAUAAUCCCACUUCCUUUGCCAGGUGGUCUAUCAUUUUGAGAGUUUAACAAUGAAGGAAUCGAGAGAUUAUUCAAUGAGCAGCUGGAUUUCACUUGCCUGAAACUUCUCUGUAAGUGAAGAUGGUUCACUUGCAGGGAUGCGUUCUCAAUUUGGUGCCUGCUUUGGGUUCAUCAUUGGAAAUAUUGUAACGUCAUUGCCAAGUGUUUUCCAUGCAUUGUCACAGCCCCGUCCCCCCCCCCCCCCCCAAAUUGGAAAAAUACCCCAGUAAACAAUGAGUGUGGAUUUACCAUGGAUUGAAUGCACAGCAACAUGUGGCAUUUUCCUGAAAAUGAGGGAGGAAAAUAGCUUUUGCUUAUUGGCUUAACAGGGAAUAAAAGGACUCUUUGCCUAUUCCUCCCUCCCAACCCUUCCCCAGAAACAUUCCCAAUGUUGCUUGCUGCCCACAUCACACACUUGAAUCUACUGCCAGGACUGCAAAAUUCACCUCUUCCCACCUCUCUGCUAAAGGCUGUCAGAUUGUUUUAAUGGUUGCUCCUGUUAGGGUUGAAUGACAGUGUUGGACGCUAUGACGGGGAUGUAAGAUGACACUUGUUUUUGGUUCUUGAAUAUAAAAAUUAUUUUUGUACUUUUUUUGUGUGGGGGGGGGGGGAGUAUUUGAAAUCAUAACAUGCCAGUUUUGGACAAUUUACACAAAGCCUUUUGUAAACUGAAAUUCAUCUCAACAUAGCACUUUAGAGAAAUCAGAUGUUUAUAUUGUAUCAUAUGACAACAGAUGGUCAUUCCAUUGUAGGCUGGCUUUGCAAAGGAAGAAUUUCUAUAUUAUUUUUCUUUUUGUGUUUAAUAGUGUCUAAAUUGAGGAAAGCGGCUUCACGUUUGCAAUAUUGCAACUAUAUUGUCACAUUUGCAAACAUUGUGUUCCUCGCUUAUUGAAUUGUAAUUUGUUUUACAAGCUUUUUUAAAAGAGAUUGGUUGAUAUUGUAUUUUGAUUGUUUUGUACCAGACAGCACAUGCAUGUGUGUCUUCACCAUUGCGUCUCCCAUUACAGCCCUUGUUCUGUCCUGGUGUUAACUGCAGUGAAUUUGGGAAUUGUACAGUACUUUAAUAAAACUUUU